AUGGCCCCAACUUUGUGUAAUGUCACCAUGAAGGCCCAGAAGAGACCAUUGUCCUUCGAAGACCAAUUGGCGGCAGCUGAUAAGGUAAGUUCAAUAUUUACUUUAUAUUAUAUAGUAUUAUUUAAUCCGUAUAAUAAUUUGUAUUUUACAAAAUUUGAGGAAUUAUGUUUUUAUUUUUGAUAUUAUGUAAUUAAAAAAUUUUUUUUUUAAAAUUAAACCGUGAUUUUGAUUUUUUAGUAAUUAUAAUGUCUUUAGUUUGCCUUGAUCCAAAAAUUUAUUCAAAACUUAUUUUUCUGUUAUUUCAGCCCAUUGUUAAGCGGCCCAAGGUCGUUGCGAAGUCAGCUGCGCCCGUUCAGAAGCCAGUGGAGGCCCCAGUCCAGCCCCAAAAUUCUGAAAAACAAGUGGUCGAGGGUAAGCCAUUUUUUCUAUUAUUUCGGAUAAAAAAUAUUUUUGUCCAUUUUUAACACUUGAUAUUUCAGAAUCCUUCUACGAUCCCACCACUGGGCGUAAAAGUGGUCAUUGCCCGGGAGUCGGCCGCCCGAUCCAGCCCAAGAAGCCCUUAGGGCACGAGACGAAUCUGGAAGGCCGUACAGUGCGGGAACUGGAAUUGUUGUUUAGUUACAACAAGAAGAUCAGAGAAGAAAAGGACCACAUUUGGGAAGAUGUGGCGAGGAGAGAAUUCUCCAUCAAGCUGGAGAAAAGGGCAGAAGAAAGCUGGUACAGCUAUUUUAAGGUGAGUAAAAAAAAUUUUAUUUUUGAGUAUAUUUUUUAUAAAAAAAGUAAAAAUCAGAAAAAAUGAACAUGAUUUUUGAAAUCAGCACCAUUGAAAACCCCUAAAUCAAGUAUUUUUAGAAAAAAAUCAAAAAAUUAUUUUUUAACACUACUACGAAGUAAAAAAUAGCCAUAGGGAAAAUAAUAAAAUUUUUGUAAAAAACAAAAAAAAAAUUAUUUUACUUGUGAAUAUUUAUUGAUUUUUUACAAUUAUUUUUUCAGAGAACACAGUCAGCUGAGGAAGCCAGACUGUCCGAGCUGGCUAGCCGAAUCUCGGCGAAACAACAGCAGGCCAAUGAGAAGGAGAAGACGACCAAGGUCUGUAAUACGGUCGCUUCUCAAAAGAAGAGAAGGUCGAGCAAAGCCAGCGGAUCGACGGAGAAGAAGACCAGUGGGAAGGUCGAGAAGAAGAAAGCCCCUCCUCCCUUGAUGCGAAAGGCAAUGAGAAUGGCCAAAUCAAUGAGGAGGUAA